AAAGCCUUACUGUUUGUGUGUGUUGGCCUAAGUAGGCACAGGCAUCACGUGCUGACAAACCAGAUACAGUCAACAUUCACGCACUGACAUAUACCAAAGUCACACAAAGUUAGGUGGCAAAACGAAGUGCCCAGUAUGAACCUGAGUGCCAUAGUCAGGAGUCUGCGCAAAAACUUAGGGCUCGACCCCUCGAGUGCCACGAAGCAGCAGCCAGCCAAGUCUGAGCAAUGUCGAAACUCUACUUCCGCGUGCAGUUCCAAAUCCCCUUCGAAUUUCCCCAGCGAGGACGAACUCGAAAACACUUUUGGUGAAGAUCGCCUGCUCCUUUCAGUUUGCAAGCUCAAUCAGCGCCGUCAUCCCUUCAAAAAGAUGAUCGAGCAGAUCCUCUAUCAGGUCAGUGAGCUGCAGCACACGUUCUACGAGGAUCAGAGGCAGGAAUUCAAGCUGCGCUUGGCCCUAGAGCGACAAUCAGACAGAAUACAGGAGCUCUACUUCUCCCUGGACACAGAGAAGCAGCGCAAUAGCCGACUGGUGCAGCUGCUCCGCGGCAUGGAAACCUCGGGCGAGAGCGACUCGGAGGAGAGGACGCCAAGUGGGUACCAUGUGAAGUCCAUUGGAAAUCUAUAUGAGUCUAUUAGUCCACUGCUCAUGCAACAACGCUAUGAUGAGCUUUCUGUUUCUCAUCGCCAGAGUCGCCGACAGCUUGCCAGAAAGGAAAAGGACCAUAGACUUCUUAAAUGCGAGACGGAGCAACUUCAAGCCAAAUACGACCAUCUCUUCGAUGAGUACCGCAACGAGCAGCGACGCGUCGAGACGCUCUGUUCCCGGUUCAUGCAAAUUCACUCAAUAAAAAAGAAGCAGAUUCACAAUCUCAAGAAAUCAUUGGGCCAUGCCAGCGACUGCAUCUACCAUGCCCAAGUGGCUAUCGAGGAUUUUUCCCAGCGGAAAGGUUCGUGUAUUGCUAUUGAACCCUUUCAUAACUUUCAAAAUACUCUGGACAACUUUGUGGACUCAUUUCGGAACUGUGACUGUGAGCGAGAAAAAGAUAAAGAACAGGAGUUGCCCCUCGGACCUUAACUCUGGAAUGGGCCGGGAAAAAAUAGUGAAGCACCGUCAUUCUCAAACCGAAAAUAUCGCAUAUCCUACAGGCUUGAAAUUGUUGUUAGGCGUUAAUCCCUUAGUGUUGGGUUAAU